AUGGUUCGCAAACUACCAGCCAUUGAAUCGGUAGCUUUCAAGCUAGCAACUUGGAGCAAUGAAGCUGGAACACCGCCUCCUCCCCGCUCCGCCAACUACAGUAAUAUCAGCUUUACACAUUCUGCGAUGAUGACUUGGGACCUUUGCCGUAUAAUUGAAUCCGCCAAGACUUUGAACAGUUUUACUUCCACUGUUGGGGGUCGUUGUUGUCCUAAGGGGGGCAUACCCAUGUUAUGCGUCACUCCGAUACUGAAAUCCCUUUGGAUGCAUCGCCAGACCCUAGAAGAAUUGAAUCUGGAUAUGGAGGCCCAUACACCUCGACAGGCACUCUAUGACGAGGAAUAUCAACCUACUGAAGAGGAAGGACUGACCGAGGACGAGAAAAAGAUUUACGAGGAGCAAUGGGCGGACGAACUGCGGGAGAUAGCCCCCCAAGAAAUCGCACCACAUAUUGGAGCCCAAACACUAUGCUAUCCAGCUCGUGGCGCAGGAGAUGGCAAAAGCCGCAUUGACUCAAAAUCUUUCAAACUGGUUGAUCAUCUCCCAUCUACCCUUGAGUCUCUCCAGAUGUACGGGCGCGGAGAAGCCGUGGAUGCUUCCUAUCUAGAAUACGAAUCUGAUCUGGAUGUCGAUGCCCAACUUGAGCAACUCGCGCGCGAAAAGGACACCAAACUGCCAGGGCUGAAGAUGUUUGAAGGCAUUCAUCCCCGUAUUCCAAAUGGAUUCACUGUGAAGGUGUGGCAGGAAGAAAAUGACCCAGAUCUUUUCUGGAAAGACCCAGACGACAACAGAUUUGAUAAUCUUGAUGACGACCUUUGA